UGAUUAAUUUAUGUUGAAAAUAAAAAAAUUUCUGUUUUUCAAAAAUGUUUCAUACUAAAAUAACGUUUACUUUGAUACAACACGAAGAAUUCCUUGGUACAAAAGACUUUGUGAAAAAAUUAAUUUGAUAUGAGAAUAAGAUAUUUUUAAGAAAUAUAUCUCUUCUCUUUCCAAGUAUAAAGUGGACUUGAAAAUAACCCACGCCGGGAGAAGCAUGAUCCAUCUAUUAAUAGUGAAAUCACGUAUCUUUGUCGUGAGUUCAGCAACAUCACCUUCUUUCUCGUCAAAAAUCAUUAGUGCUUUUCAUUUUUUUUGAAGGUGUCAUUCUAAUUAUAGUCAACCGUAAUAUUUAAUCGAUUAAGUCGAGUAUAAUUUAUUUGUGUGAAAAUUAUAAUGAUCGAGUAGUGGGAGUGUGCUUAAAAUUUUUUGCAAAACUUGGUGAAAUCGCGAUACGCAAAGAGGAGAGGGAAGAGACCGAAAAAGACGUACAACCCGAACUGACGACUAACAAUUUUGUGAUACAUUUUAAAACAGUAGUGCAGUGAGAAAGAGAGAAACAGAGAGUGAGAGAGAAGGAGAAUGUGCGAGUAUUUCAAUGGUACAACAAGUCAAGCAAUUUCUUCUGUCGAGAAUUCAGAAAUAGGCAGCGGAGUAUCACCCUCUAAUAGAACUGAAACGAAAGCAGCAUCUUUUGUCAGAGGAAAUAAUCGGUUUUCGUUAUUCAAGUGGCUCAAGCGGGGCAAUCGCACUUCCUCGACAAUUGGAAAACGUCGCAAGAAAGUUUCCAGUAAAAGUACAAAUUUUGAGGAAGAGAAUCUCUCGUCAAGUACCGAAAGUGUAUCUACGUUUUAUAGCACAACAACUGUUCAUAGUUUUGCUUUUCAAGCUGGUGUAUUUCAAGAGUGUAAUGAUUUGAAUCUCAAUUUCCCACAACAAUUGUCAGUGGAUAUCGGUCCCUUUGGUUCGGGUGCUGUAAAAUUGCUUGAAAAAACGGGUAAUAACUUGGCGAAUGUCAAUUACACUCUACCGAGUACUUUUUUACAAAAAAGGGAUAUUACCGAAAGGUACUCUCUUCAGCCAUCGAAUUCCUUUAAUUCAUGUGGAAACAUUCCUGCACCAGAGAAUAAGUGGUGUAAUUCGCUAAAGGGCAAAAAAGUGCAUGUAAAAGGUAAACGUCGUGCCCCAAAUCCUCCUGCUUCCAACAGCAAUGCCAGACAGUCGUCAUUUAAAACGAAAAGACGGACCAAACGACAAGCACCACCACCUCCAGAUGACACCAAUUUGAAAGGUAAAAAAACCAUUAAAACAAACUCUUACAUUUCAAAUGACAAAGAAAUUUCUCCGACCAUUAGUAAUGACACAUUAAUAUUACGAGGUGGAAUUCUCCUGCCGAAAAAUUCCAGUGAUUCCAAUUCGACAGAAGAAGCAAUUUUUGAUGCUGAAAUUGUCAAAGGAAAGGAAAGUCAGUCCUCAACGUUAGUGCAAUCAUUCGAUAGAGCAAUGCCUCGUCCCUGGUAUAAGCGAAGUGUUUUUGAUUCCAACACAGCAAGCAAAAAAGAUAUUUAUCCAAGUUCAACAUCAAGUGAAAAGCGGGAAGAUUGCGCCUCUUCGGUCACUUAUUUUCCCUUCGACGGUUCGCUCUCAAAGUUGAAUUUCUUUCACCGAACGGACCGAAAUUCAGAAGACAGAAGAGAUAAACGAAAAUCAGGUAUUUCCAUUUUGACUAAUAUCAGUGAACUUGACAAAGAAGCUGCUGCCAUUGUUCAGGAAGAGCAAGCCAGAGCAAAGGUGUCGUCAUUUUUGCAGAACAAUAAUAUUUCCGACUUGAAGGUAGAUAAAUCUACCGAUAAUGAAGACUUUGUCCCCUCUUCUCCCAGAAAAAGUACUCGUGCUUUGAUUUCAAAAUUUAACGCUAUAACAAAUCUGUCAAAAGUUACUGUGAAUACGAAUUAUUUUUCUAAAAAUUCCCCAACAACCCAGAGAGUUGAUUUAAGUGACAGAAUUCAAAAUCAGAGUAAAAAUUCUUCCCUCAGUGACAUUGGGUCCAGCGAACAAAAGAACAAAGUUGAAAGAAGAUUUGAACAAAAGCAAGAUCUUUCUAGGUACUUCAUCUCGCAUCAAAAGUCUCCAAAAUUAAAACAAAACUCCAAGAAUAAAACACGACUAAACAAAAAUGAUACUCAAGAGAAAAUAGUUGAAAAAAUUCAAAAACGGGAGGAAACUAAAGUCGAAAAGCAAGAAAAUUUUACAACAGAAAGAAGGUUAAACAGUAUCGAGAACGGAUUACCCGACACAAAAAAUGCUUCAUCAUUCAAUAAGAAUUCGUUCAAUAAACAAAUUUUUCAAGCAGAUAAUCCACCAUUGAUUAUAAUUCGAGAAUUAGAUUUAAUAUUCAAUGAAAUUGACAAACAACUAGAGAAUAACAUCAAAAAGGGUAAAAUAAAUAAUUCGAGAAAUGAAGCUAAAGCAAGCACCUCAAAUCAAACUGAUUUUUUAAGUGAAAUAGAAACUUCGCAAAAAACUACGUCUGUUAAACAGUUAUUAAAUAAAUCUGAGACAGAAAAAAUAUCAAAAUCAAUUGACCUUCAGAAAACAGAUGAAGUAACGACAAAAAACUUAUCGACACCACACACUCAAGACGCUCCAGUUACAAUCGACUUGAAGGAAAUUUUGAAAGAAAUGAAGCAUUCUCUACCCAAACGAUCCAAGGGAAAGAAAAUUAUUCAGAAUCAUUCAGAAAUCCCCAAUGUAAAUAAUAAAUCUUCCACAAGUACUUUUAAUGAUCUCAAUGCAUUUACUACUACUAAUACUAAUUUAAAAGAAGAUAUUUUAGAGAAACCAAGUACUCAACUAUUACGUCAAGAGAAAUUUGUAACUGAGGUACGUGAGGAAAAGAAGCUAAAAGUUUCAUCGGCAGCUCAAACAAGUGGUAAUGUGAAAAAAGUUAUUAAUUUUCCAUCGACGUCGAAGCAAAACAUGAAUCAAAUAUUUACGAACAAACGAGGUGAGUGUGGGACGGCAACAAAAUACAAAUUAAAUAAAUUCCAUUUAAUAAGGCCAAAGGAGUUUGACGAAAUUGAAGCCAUCAAACUUGUGAAAACACCUUGGCUUGAGAAUAUCUAUGCUAAUGUUACUCAACAGCCUUCUUGUUCCAAUAAAAUAAUUCUACCGCUACGACCUGUAAUAAACGUUCAACCUGCGGAACUGUUGCUGAAGAGGAAAGAAGAAGUGGAAAAAAGUAAACCUCUUUCUGCUAAAUUCAAUCAACAAGAAAUAUUAAUCCUUCCAGGAAAUAAUCGUCAACAACGUAAUUUUAAUGAUGUACAGAAACAAAAUAUGAAUACACUGGCUGUGAAUAAAUUACUAAAGAAAUUAGAAGCUGCGAUUGCAUCCGGAAACCAUCAGCAAGCAUCAAUAUUUGCUAAAGAACUUGCAGAGCUAAAAAUUCAAUGUUCGGUAAUUCGACAGCGUUCCAUUAAUAAUACACGAGAAAUAAAUAUCAACAUGUAUAUUGAAGAUAAAGAGGGACAUCAAGGACCGAUUCCACUUCUGCUCCCUCUAAAUAUGACAGUAGCGCAGUUGAAAGCGAAAAUUUCCCUCGAAUUUGAAAUACCUACAAACAUUCAACGAUGGAUUAUUGGAAAAAAUUUAGCCGAAAAUGAAAACUCUACUUUAGAAGAAUUACAAACGACUGAAUCGAUAUUUUUAUAUCUUGUCGCUCCCGAAAUUACUUCAGCCGAUGUGAGUCAGCCUGAAAAGUCUAAUGUUGUGGAGGAAAUCGAGAAAUUGAACAUUAAAAAAGUGGAAAUAUUACCUGAAACUGUAAUAACAGUGGACGAAACAGAAGAAAAGAAGUACGAAGGAAAUCCAGGAAUAAGUUUUAAACAUAUUAAAACAGAAAAAAAUUCCGAGGAAAUCAAGUUGAAACGUUAUGAAGAAUUAAUGUCUUUGGAAAAUCGUGAUUUAAUUCCGAAUUCAGAGCCUUUCGAUUGUCCGAUAUGUUUCGUAACCUACGCUCCAGAAGAAGGAGUAACCCUAAGAGAUUGUCUGCAUACGUUCUGCAGGUUAUGCGUCACCAAUACGAUUGUUUAUUGCGAAGAAGCCGAAGUGCAAUGUCCAUAUCGAGAUGCUGUAUAUACUUGCGAGUCAACUCUCCAGGAACGAGAAAUCAAGGCACUUGUGGCGCCGAAAGUUUAUCAGCAACACCUAUCGAAGUCAAUCGCAGAAGCUGAGAACAAUGCCGGGAACGCGUUUCAUUGCAAGACUCCAAACUGUCCAGGCUGGUGCAUUUACGACGAUAAUGUCAACAACUUCUUUUGUCCCGUGUGUCAUAAUAACAACUGUUUAACAUGUCAGGUUAUUCACAUGGGGAAAAAUUGUCGACAAUAUCAAGACGAAUUGAGACUUUCAAAAGAAACGAAUGAAGAAUCUGAAAGGACUGAAGCUGUUUUAGAAGAAAUGGUAAACAGAGGAGAGGCUCUUCCUUGCCCCACGUGUGCUGUUAUUGUCAUGAAAAAGUGGGGCUGUGACUGGCUUCGAUGCUCAAUAUGUAAAACUGAAAUUUGUUGGGUCACAAAGGGUCCUCGCUGGGGGCCUGCUGGCAAGGGAGAUACUUCCGGAGGUUGUAAAUGUGGAGAAAAUGGAGUGAAGUGUCAUCCUCGAUGCAAUUAUUGCCAUUAGAAUAUCACAAAAGUUUUAAGAUUGCCAACUGGUGAAAUUAAAAUUUUAACCAUGUAAUAAAAUUUUGCUUUCUAGAGAAUUGUAACUUUUAAAUAUUCUUUAAAAAUAUUUCUUUAUAUAAUAUAUGAACGUCAUGUGAUAAUGGUAAAGUGAAUAAAACAGUAUCUAAUCUCACUAA